UACAAGCACCAUGCAAGCGAAUCCGAUGCUAUAGAUCUCGAGAAGAGACCAGUCACAUGUCUACUCCACUGCUGCUACUUUAUUCCGCAGUGCACGUUUCGAAUGGCUCAUGACAAGCUACUGCUAUGUGAUCUGUUUGGCCGAACGAUGUUACCUAUCGGGUGCAUUCGCCCCAUCCAAAUCAGGGUCCAUCAAGACCCUACCACAUGCUCUCGCAAUUAUUCUCCUGAGGCCCACACCAGUAGCACGAGCCAUGACGGCAUGGCCUCGAACAAUGAUGAAAAUCCGAUACGGGGAAUUGCAAAUGCCACGCCUCCAGGAGUCACGGGGAUGAUGCGGCAGUGGCCCGUCGCUAUGAGGAUCGCUUGCUUAUCUGGCACGAGGGAUGAAUAAUAGCAUGACGCGUAGUGAGCUGAAAGUGGCCCCUGUGGGUUCCAAGGACUUGCACGAACCCAAGUGUUUUAACGCAACGGCGUACUUUAUGCG